AUGAAGUUCCCACUGAUAUCGGUGCUCCUGGCAGGGGCUCUAAUGGCGGCCUUCGGCGGCAUCAGGACACGCCACACGAACAUUAAGUGCGAAACGCGGGAUCCGUCGUAUGCGGAGGUGCCUGUCUGCCGCCUGAACGUGCUGGGGCGUGGCAUUAUCGGAGCCAAUGUCCACAUUAAAGUGUCCCAACUACCGAUUCGGAAGGUGUCCAUCAAUUUCAGCGUCUUUCAAAAGCUCUCCGGCUACCAUCCGUUCCUGUUCAACGUCACCGUGGACCUUUGCCACUACAUGAAGCACCCGAAUCCCUACAAUGUGUUCCACUACUUCUACGGGGCCCUGCGGCCCUUCAUCAACGUGAACCAUACUUGCCCCAUCAAUGUGAGUGCCCCGAUUGAAGCUGCCAUUCGACUGACUCUCCUUUUGCUCUGGCUCUUUGCAGCACGACAUUAUCCUGAAAGACUUCGUUCUGAAUGA